AUGAACCGCUUCCCCGAAACCGACCCUUACGAGGUCCUCGGCGUUGCUCGUGGAUGUACCUCGUACGAGAUCAAGACAGCUUACAAGAAGCUCGCUUUCAAGCACCACCCGGACCGAGCGGCUCCUGCUGAGAAAGAGGCGGCUACCGCGCGGUUCAAAGUCGUCGGCGAGGCAUACGAGUACUUGUCGGACGAUCGGAAGCGGCGCGAGUACGAUGCCUUUGGCCCAGGGAGGAGCGGAAGAGGAGGGUAUCCAGCAGCAGAAGAGUACGAGGACGACCUGAGCCGGAAGCAUUUCGGUACGAGUCCCGAUGGAGUGCCCUUCUCGUUCGUGUGGGAGUCGGGUGCGGAUUCGGCCAGACGUGCGCAGGCGGGACAACGUGCGGGUAGGCCGUUCGGCGCGGAUGGGCAUGACCCAUUUGGCCUGUUCAAUAUGAUGUUCGGCCAGGAGUUUGGCUCGAGGAAUGGCGGUGGGAAUGUGGGAGGGGCAAGAUGGGCCGGACAGGACCCGUUCGGGAUGAUGAAUGGGGGAGCUUCGAUGGGUGGUAGUCUGUUUGGCGACAAUGAUCCGUUCUUACAAAAUCACCGCAGGAUGGCCGAUACUGCUGGGUUUGGAUUUGGAGCGCCUUUUCCAUUCGCAUCAUCGCGAGGACCGACUGGCCCACCGCAGGGAAGGGGCAUGCAAUCAGCGGGACCCUUUGCCACGAGUAGCAGCAGCAGCAGCAUGUCGAGUACUACCUAUGGCGGCUUCUCGGGUACGAGCGAGAGCACCACAACCCGCAUUAUCAAUGGCCGCAAGGAGACGGUCACCCGCAAAGUCGACGAAAAUGGCAACGUGACAGUUCACACGUCAACGCCAGAGGGAAGCACAGUACACGUCAACGGUGUCCAGCAAGCGCAUCACCCGCUGCUUGGGAAUGCUGCAGCACAGGCUUCGACUGCUUUGCCCGGCACACCCGCAGCUGCAAGACGUGCGAAUGCGGCAGGGGAAACAGCAGACAACCCGAUUGUAGUCGAAUCGGAAGCAGCGCCAUCCAGCCAAGCACAGACACACGGACAUUUUGGAACGGCUCGAUUCAAUGUUUGA